AUGGCUCCAGUCUACAAUGAGAAGAGUUUGCAGAGAUUGCGUUAUUUGCAUGAUCAGAUCGAAACACGCUUUCGCGCAAUGGAGGCUCUAGGUGUAAGCAAAGAGACCUACUCAAGUGUUGUUGUUCCUGUUCUAAUGGGGAAACUUCCAGAGUCCGUGAGAAUCAAUAUGAUUCGAUUUGGAAAGAACCAUAUGGACUGGAACUUGGACGACAUGUUGGAAGCUUUUCAGAAGGAGCUAGAGGUUCUGGAGGGACAUUUUCCCAUCAUGCAGCGAGCCCAGCAAGGAGACAGAAGACAAGAGCAGCAUUCCAACAGGCCAAGACAGCAGGAUAGACCUCCAACGGCCUCUUCCUUGCUUACUACAAGAGAUGCUAAGAUGAAGUGUGCAUUCUGCAAAGAAAGUCACGCAUCCGAGAAGUGUGAAAAGGUGAAGGAUCCGGACGAGCGUAAGACAAUUUUAAUUAAGAAUGCUAGGUGUUUUAGUUGCUUAAAACCAGGCCAUAGAUCUUUUAAAUGUCGUCUUAAGGUAGAUUGUAGUAAUUGUAAGGGAAAUCAUCACUGCGCCAUUUGUCCUAAUCUUGCCCGAAGUAAGGAAGCGCAGCCUAAGCCUAAUGCACCUAAGCUUGACCCCACCGCAUCGGCUUGGGUAGGUAGCACUGGCUCUGAAGUGAAUGUGGCCCUGCAGACAGCCUUAGCUCUGGUGAUUGGCAAGGAUAGAGUGAGAGUUUUAUUUGAUACAGGAAGCCAUAAAUCUUUCAUCACAGCUAAGGCUGUUGGCAGACUCAGAUUAAGGCCUGUGAGGAGUGAACAGCUAGGAAUAAAGGCGUUUGGGAGUAAGGAGGCACAUGUUGCUUUGCGAGAUGUAGUGCAAAUUUCGCUAAGUCUAUGCAAUGGAGGAGAGAGUGUAAUAAUAGAAGCUUUUGUAGUUAAGGAUAUCGCUGAUAUUCCUAAUGUUCAUAUAGAGGUAGUUAAAAAGAAAUUUGCACACUUAACAAAGUUGUCAUUCUCAGAUCUUUGCAAAUCCAAAGACAGCUUGGAAGUUGAUUGCCUAAUUGGAUCGGACUGGCUAUGGCAAUUCCAAUUGGGGGAAACGAUACGAGGGGGGCCAUACGAACGUGUGGCGGUCAAGACCAGCUUGGGCUGGGUUUUAUCAGGACCGGUUAAAGGUGAGCAACUUGAUUCUAUUGGCUGUAAUGUGAAUUUUUGUAUUGAUUCUAUACCUCCUUUAGUUGCAGGUGAAAAACAUGAUUUAGAUAAUCAGAUACAAAGGCUUUGGGACCUUGAUAGCAUUGGAAUCCGAGAAAAAGAUAAGGUGCAUGAAAAUGUACUUGAUGAUAUUGCGUUUGUGGGUAACAGAUAUUCUGUUGGGCUUCCCUGGAAAUCUGGACACAAGCCCCUAGCUUCAAAUUAUAAUGUUAGCUUGCAUCGUUUGAAGUGUCUUGUCAGGAAACUAGAGCAGAACCAAAAAAUUUAUAAACAGUAUAAUGACAUUAUUUCCCAGCAGGCUGCAGAGGGAGUAAUAGAGAAGGUCACAGAUCUUGAACCUGUAGGUAAGGUACACUAUCUCCCUCACAGAGCGGUAGUGAGAGAGAAUGUAGAAACCACCAAGGUUAGGGUGCGAUGCUUCUAUUAA